UGCGUAGGCUUGUAGUAAAUUUCUUGUAAGUGUGCCAAGUCCCGCCGUCCAAAUAUGCCAGAGGCUACACCCACUUUUCUGCUACAGUCUGGAUCUCCUCCUGCCUUUAGCCGCUUUUUCAUUUUCAUUCUCAACCGCUAAGUCGUUUGUCUUUUUCAAAGAUGUCUUUGAGUGAGAAAAGUAAUGCGGAGCUCGGGAAGUUGCUCACUGAGUAUGGCAUCAAACACGGACCCAUAGUCGAGUCUACUCGAAGGCUGUAUGAGAAGAAGCUUGAAACGGCCAUGGAGAAGGCUGUAGUGAAGCCCUCGCCUGAUAAGACCUACUACAGAGAGGAAGUGGAAGAAAUUACCUACAUCACAUACCAGAGUCCGGUUAGACGUGAGGUUCAUUGGGGCAUGGUGAAGCAAAGAGGCAACGCUGGGACAAAUGAAGACGAAUCAGAACGAGUUGUGGAGCCUCCUAUCCAGAGCACUAACAACACAGCCAAUCACAGCACAGUACAAUCCAAGGAGCCAGUCAGAAAGUCUGGAGGCCGUGUGUGGAGAGUGAUUUGGCUGCUGCUGCUUUUAGCUGUGUUAGCAGCUGUCUUCUACUACUACGCCUACUGCCAAGUGAUAAACCAAGAAGAAACUGGAGAAAAUGCAGAAAAUCCUUCUGGGAUUGAAUGAUCUGAUUGGUUGUGGUGUUAAAGGCGUUUAAUGACAUUAGCGGUCACAGUUUGAUCACAUUCUAUACAGGCGGAAAGGCUGGCAAUACUUUAUAUUUCUUAGCGUCACCAAAUCCCAUCAAAUGACCAAAAACAAGACAAAAAGCUCCAAAUGUGGAUUCAUCCGCCAACAAAAAUAGUCCCCAACAAAAAUGCACUAUUUCCUCCUGUUUGAGUAAAAACUAUAUAUAUUUGAGCCAUUAAAGAUUUCUGCCUUCAGUAGGGACCAGUGGGCUUCAGACAGAGAGUAUUGAGACACAGACAUGAACACAUGCUCAGUCUGGCCUUGGUUUUGGUCUUUUCAUGGGACUUGUCGACAACAAAGAAUAAUGCUCACCCUCUCCUUUUUAAUGUCUUUGCUUUCUAGCAUAAAUGUUGCACUAUGUUUUUUAGCUAUGCAGAGUUUUGUUUAUUUGAUUUCCUUUAUGUUCUUUAACAUACUGUAUGUGAUUUUUUCUUAUAUGUGAGACAUACAUAAUUUCAUGUAGCACAGACUAGUGAACUGAGACGGAGUCUUUCAUAUUUCCAAGAUACCCUCCACAUCAUGUCCAAUCUAAAUUCAAAGGCUGUUUUUUCAUACUGUAUGUGUUUAAAUAAAAUCAAGUCUCCAGCUCCCAA